UCUCAGAAAAAUAUAAAGAAGUCAUUAAAAUUGACAGAGUGUAAAUAAACCAGAAGAUUAGAAACGGAUAAAACCAUCUCAGAAGCCGAGGAAGAUGUGGCUAAAUGAACAUUUAGAAAAGAUAUUUAGUAAUUUCUUUUCAUGUGUUUUCAGCAUUCCAAGCAGUAGGUGAUAGAGUAGGAAUCAAGCGGUAUAUUGGAAGAAACUAAGGCCUCAAUUUGAUGUGUUUCUUUGCGAAAUUCCAUGAGUUCGAUCAAUCAACUGUCGAUAGCUCAUGGCUCGGGCGACUUUGGGGCGGUGGCUUGCUGCAGAUUAUGUGGGGGCAAUGCCAGCCUGCGGUUCUUCAGCGACACUUACCGGAGCGAAGGUGUCGAGGAAAGAUAUGACCAGCUACUUUAUGACUCCUUUGGGAUUCGAGUGACUCCCAAUGACUGCAUGAUUUGUGAGCGAUGCGCUCGUCAGCUUCGCCAGAUGCAAAGAUUUCGGGCGCUCGUUCUAGCCGCCUUCGCAAAGCCGCCAAGUGAAUACUCAACACAACAUUCUCAGACCAAUGAUAGUCUCAAAGUCAAAAUGAUUAGACGUACCAAGAAGACGGCAUCGAUAGAGCUCUAUAAAAAGAGCAGUAAAGAAUCUUCUAGAGUAGUUCUAUUGAGAAGAUCGUUUAAGAAUUCCGGAGAGAGCUUUUUGAAGAGAUCAAAUAAAUCCAGCUUAGAUUUAUUUAAAAAAGGCAAAAAGUUAUCCGGACCAGACCUUUCGAAGCAGAUUAAGACGAAAACAGGAGCUGAGCUUUCGAAGAAAAGCACCAAGACGUUGAUUAGAAAGAACGGAAAAAAAUCACUUACGAAGACCAAUGCUCCGCUCAAGAGAAUUAAUAUAUCGUGCUCGGUUUGUCAACAAAAGUUUCCCAUGCUGAUUCCAUCCGAAGGCUCCAAGAACUUUGUUUGUUCCCGUUGUAAGAAGAAUAGCGGAUCAUAUAUGAAAGCCACAAGGAGCUAUAAUAGACCCGUGCCUCAUAAGAGAACGAAGGAUCAUCUCGAUGUCAACUCCAGAUCUGAUGUCAGACAGGAGAAUAGACUGCAAAACCCCAAACUUCCGAAACGUGCCUCACAAACAACACAGAUCGAAUCCGGUUCCGCGUUAGCACAGACUAAUAAUACACGCUGUGUCAAGAAGACUAUAUCGCAGCGUGUCAACAAUAAUAAUUAUCUGUGUGUUAUUUGCGAAACUGAUAUGGAAUCUCGAAUAGGCCUUGAUAAACAUCUGCGGGGUCAUAUGGGCCAGCCGAUCUAUCAAUGCGAUGUAUGUGGCAGACAUUUUAAGCUAAUACGUAACUUCCAAGCUCAUUACCUGACACAUGAAAAGUGAUGGAUAGCUUUCCAGUAUUUCUUUUGAAUCCUUCAUUAAAUUUGUCCAGAAAAUUCCGACGAUAUUUGUCUUUAAAUUGAAAUGAAGUAAAUCCUCUUUGCGGGUAAAUCUUACAAGGGACAAUAAACUAGAGCUUUUGAGACAAAUUUAAAAGGAUUAACUGUCGAGGUGGUGACCAAUAAAAUCUGCUUAUUUCAUAAAGGGAAACCUAAACUAUUUUUUAUCAGUGAUAUAAUUAUAUAAUAUAUUUUACCACAUUGACGUUUAAUCUUUGACUAAUGGCACAGAUUAAAAAUAUUUUAGUAAUCUGUUACCAGUUGUCAAACGUCAGAAAGUGAUUGAAAUUGAUUAUAUAAAAUUUUUUCAACAUUGCUGCGGGAAUAAAUAAAAUUUAGGACAGAGAAGAGAAGAAAAUACGUUUUACAUUGUUUUGUGAUUUCUUUUUAAGGUUUUGUUUUAUUUUAUUGUCUAAGUGUGUGCCGUGUAUUGUGUUGUAUUAGCUCGUC